AUGGCCGGCCCGCGGGUGCUGGUGCUAGCGCUGGCGCUGGCGCUGGGGCCGGGGCCGGGGCCGGCGCGGGGCUGCCCGCCGCCCUGCUACUGCUUCGCCACGCCGGAGCUGGCGCAGUGCCACUACACGCGGCUGCAGCAGCCGCCCGCCGGGCUGCCCCGCGCCGUGCACAACCUGACCGUGCUGGGCGCCCGCCUGCCCGCCCUGCGCCCCGGCGCCUUCGCCGGCAACGCCAGCGCCGCGCUGCGCGACCUGCAGCUGCGCGCCGACGGCAUCGAGCGCAUCGAGGACGGCGCCUUCGCCGGGCUGCCCGCGCUGCGCGCCCUCGACCUCAGCCGCAACCCGCUGCGCGCCCUGGCGCCCGGCGCCUUCGCGGGGCUGCCGCGCCUGCGGGCGCUGCGCCUCAACCAGGCGCUGCCCCUCCUGCCCGCCGAGCAGCUGGGCGCCGCGCUGCGCAACCUCAGCGGCCUGCGCCGGCUGGAAAUCGCGGGCAACGCGCUGCGCGCCCUGCCCGCCGCCGCCCUGCCCGCCGGCCUCGAGGAGCUGGACGCGCGCAACAACUCGCUGGCGGCGCUGGGCGAGGAGGAGCUGGCCCGCCUGCGGGAGCCCGGCCUGGCCCGCCUGCGCCUGCUGCUCGCCCGCAACCCGCUGCGCUGCGACUGCGCGCUCCGGCCGCUGCUGGCCUGGGCGCGCAACGCCAGCGCCCGCCUGCCCGACGCCGGCUCCUGGCGCUGCGCGGAGCCGCCCGCGCUCGCCGGGGCCCCCGCGCUGCGCCUCCGCGCCCCGCAGCUCGGCUGCGCCGGCCCCGCCGAGCCGCCCGAGCUCGAGACCGCCUCCUACGUCUUCUUCGGCAUCGUGCUGGCGCUCAUCGGCCUCGUCUUCCUCAUGGUGCUCUACCUCAACCGCCGCGGCAUCAAGCGCUGGCUGCGCAACCUGCGCGAGGCGUGCCGCGACCAGAUGGAGGGCUACCACUACCGCUACGAGCAGGACGCCGAGCCCCGCCGCGCCUCGCCCGCCACCGCCGCCGGGUCCUGAGCCGCCCCCCGCCCCGGAGCCCUGCUGCCCCCUGCUAGACCUCCCCUUCUGGCCCCUGAGCCGCCCCCCGGGCUUCCCUGCCCGGCCUCUGAGCCCCUGCUGCCUGCCUGCCGGGCUUCCCUCCCGGCCCCUGCUACCCACCCGGCUCCCCCUCCUGAGCCCCUGCUACCCACCCAGCUCCCCCUCCUGAGCCCCCGCUACCCACCUGGCUCCCCCUCCUGAGCCCCUGCUACCCACCUGGCUCCCCCUCCUGAGCCCCUGCUACCCACCUGGCUCCCCCUCCUGAGCCCCUGCUACCCACCUGGCUCCCCCUCCUGAGCCCCUGCUACCCACCUGGCUCCCCCUCCUGAGCCCCUGCUACCCACCCGGCUCCCCCUCCUGAGCCCCUGCUACCCACCCGGCUCCCCCUCCUGAGCCCCUGCUACCCACCUGGCUCCCCCUCCUGAGCCCCUCCUACCCACCUGGCUUCCCCUCCUGAGCCCCCGCUACCCACCCGGCUUCCCUUCCUGAGCCCCUGCUACCCACCCAGCUCCCCCUCCUGAGCCCCCGCUACCCACCCAGCUCCCCCUCCUGAGCCCCCGCUACCCACCCAGCUCCCCCUCCUGAGCCCCCGCUACCCACCCAGCUCCCCCUCCUGAGCCCCCGCUACCCACCCAGCUCCCCCUCCUGAGCCCCCGCUACCCACCCAGCUCCCCCUCCUGAGCCCCCGCUACCCACCCAGCUCCCCCUCCUGAGCCCCCGCUACCCACCUGGCUUCCCCUCCCAGCCCCUGGGUCCCUUCCCUGCCCCUGAGCCCCCACUGCCUGCCCAGCUCUCCCUCACUGUCCUCGGGCUUCCCCUCCCUGCCCCUGAGUCCACCCAGCUCCCCCGUGCUGCCCCUCAAGCUUCCCUUCACGGCUCCUAAGCUUGCACUGCCCGCCCGGCUCCCCCAUCGCCACCCCGACCCUGCACUGCCUGCCUGGCUCCCCCUCACUGCCCCAAAGCCCGCCAGGCUCCCCCUUCUACCCUCAGACUUCCCCGCGCUGCCCCUGAGCCCACGCUGCCUGCCCGGCUCCCCCUCGCCGCCCCUCAGGGUUUCCCCCACUGCCCGCCCUGCUACCCCCGAGGGAUUCUCUGCCCCCUCCAGGCAGCCGAGGAGCAAGCCACGGCUGUGCCCCCCUCAGGGGAUUGCUGCCCGCUGCUCUGUGGGGGAAGCCGCCUUCUGUGCCCAUCCCUGAGGGACCCCCUUAUGCCAAGGCAGGGCAUGUCCUGGAAGCUGCCCCUCUCAGCCCCCACAGGAGAGCCCACGGACCUUUUAGUCUGCCCUUGCCCUCCCUCUCUCCUGGGCACGGUUCAGGAAUGCCCACACGGCCAGGGCACGCCUUGAAGGACCCCUCCGCCAGCCCCAGCAUCUGCACGCACACGACUUGAUGGGGGCCGGGGCAGUCCUGUCUGCACCCCCCCUCAAGGAAUAAAGCAGAACCCCGCUCCCCCAAGUUUGCUGCACACCCGCACUCAUGUGAGGGGUCGUGCGGGCACUUGGCUGCCCCCCUUCCCAUCUAGGCAGCCGCCCCACUGAGCAACACGCACACACGCACCCCGGGGCUCUGGGGGCACACAAGUGUACAAGACCCUCCACGCAGAACCCCCCCCAGGCCUCUCUGCUCCUACCCCAGUGACCCAGGUGGGCUCUGACCCUACCAGAUGCCCCCAACCACUCACUCCCCUGAAGCAGGAUUCACCCCGGGGAGGUCCCAGUGGCCAGGGGGAUAUGAAUGUAUAGGGUCCGGCUCGACAGAACACCUCGCCUCCCACCAGAAAGCCCUCCGCUCUUGCAGGGGGUGCAUUUACUUCCCCCAGAAAAGAAACCUCUCCCCCAUGCCCUCUUAGACCCGCAGCCAAACAGUAGCUCCCUUUCCCCUGCGCAGGGAAGGUCCCCGGGAUGUCAGCCCGACACGUGAAGCCUCCUGUGGGCACCGGGGCAGCCCCAAAUGCACAGAAGAGCCCCCCACGGACUCCGCUGCACAGGAAGAGAAGAGUUUGUUUUACUUUCUCCUGUGUAACGACUGCUUUCUCCUGCAAACUGCUAGGGAACAACUCGCCCUGACUGCUUGCGGUGCACGGACCAAAGCUGCGUGCUCGCCCGGACACCGCGAGGGUGAGUUUCUGCUCGGCAAGCGGCUGAAAGCAGCGGGCUCAGCGUUGCUAAACUUUCCUCCAGGAUUGCAUUGGAGCCUAGACUUGACUUUUGCCAUGUACAGUUCUCUUUCGUAUUCUCUUUCUAUUUAACAGCUCCGAAAGCUAACUUGGUUUUCCCUUUCUUUUUUUACGCUCCAAAACACGGAGGAAAAAGACAACAGAAACCCAGAAGAAAUUAUAUCUUUUAAUUUAUUUAUUUUUGGAGCCCCUCUUUAUGGUGUCGGGCUCCACCAAACUGUCUUUUCCCAGGCACAAGAUAAUGCACCUGUACCAGGAAAGUCACUUCUCUGCAGGCUGUAUGCAUGCCGCUAAAGCACACGGAGGCAGAUCCUUUCUGACUGUGAAGUGUAACCUAGCCGAGGCUGCCUCCGAAAUCUUCGUAAUUCAAAAAACCGACAAAACCCCAAGCCUAUCGAUCUAGCUCUCUUGCACACGUUUGCUUUAGACCUGUGCCUGUUCCUAUAGCCUAGGGCAGAUAAAUUGAAAGCUGCA